UCAGUUUUGUUUUUAUUUACAUUUUACGUUUUCAGGAAAUAAUGUGAUAUUGUCAUUGACAUAUUAUUUACUUCGGAUAGCCAUAGCGUGAAGAAUUUUUGACUAAUCGAAUGCAGAAACAUAAAAGCCUUAUCAGUCAUCACAGAAGACCAAAGCUGAUUUUUAUUACCAAUAGUUUUUAAUUUUGCCAGAAACGGCAUAAUGGCUAUUCUACACAGAGCUCUCUUUACGUGGUUUAUUUUUUUGGUGUUUUUAAUACUCUUAUGCUUGAGACUAGAGUCAAGAACACAUUGGAACUGGUUUAUCGUAUUUAUCCCGAUGUGGGUUUACGAUAGCAUUUUAUUAAUAUAUGUUCUGUUUCAUAUGGUGUCACAUUGCCGAAAUGGCAUAGAAAGAUUUAGAGGUACUAUCAACAAAAAUGUUUGGUAUAUAGCAGCUAUUGGAUUGAAAAUGGCAGCACAAAUCAUAAUUUGUAUCAAACUAGAGUAUACAAAGUUUAAUCUGCCAAUAUAUGUGGUGAUGACCCCAAUCUGGAUGUUACUGCCAGUGCUAUGUGUGGAAGUGUUUAUGCAUUUAAUAAAACAUUCAAGCAGAAGCAGUAGAUAUUAAUUAGUAUUUAGUGAGGGACAUGUGACUAUGAAGUAAAUUUAAACUUGGCACCCAUCCAUUGACAUCACUGCUUUGCAGUUUGCACAUUUAUGAUAAAUCUGAUUUAACUGCUCCAGCGGUCAUAUGUGAUAAAAAGGAGCCUGAAUAUACCUGUUAUUAAAAAU